AUGGCUCUCCGUCACGUCCUUCUUCUCACCUUUCUCGCGGCCUUCGCGCUGAGCCUCUCGGCUGCCUCUGCUCUUCCCAGCCACCGCGGUAGUGCUAGUAAUCGGCGCGCUCUGGGCAGCAAGGCCUCCAAGCCCGCGGGUUACGUGAAAGCCGAGUCGCCCAAGAUUCAAGUCACGGCGGAGAUGCGCGCCAAGGCAGUUGCGAUCGCGAAGGAAGCGUUCGAGAAGGCGAAGAAGGAGGCGAAGGACCCUGAGAAUCAGAAAAAGGUGGCCAUAGCAGCGGCAAAGAAGAUUGGCAAGACGGCUCUGAACGCCCUGCUGCCCGGAAGCGGGCACGUGAUUGACGCUGUGCAAGCGGCGAAGUUCUUCAAGGAGAAUUUCUGGCCAAUCAUCAAAGCGGAGCUCCAGAAACUCGCCGAUGAGGCGGCGGCGGAGAGCCAGAAGAACUAUCAGGCGAUCAAAACGCCGCCCCAGACUCCCAAGGGCAAGAAAGGCGGCAACUGGGUGGGAGGGGCGGAAGGAGGGAACAGAAAGCCAUACCACAGCCAAGGAAGAGGGGCUGGCAAAGAAGUGGCGGGGUUAGUGCAGGGCAAGGUGGUGGACAGUACAGUGAUGGGCAUAAUGCAAGGCAAGGUGGUGGACGGCACAAUCAUAGUCAUGGACGCGUUUGCUCUGCCUGUGGAGGGCACGGAGACCCGAGUCAACGCCCAGGCUGAGGCGUAUGAGUACAUGGUGGAGUUCACCCAGACAAAUAAGAGGGCGGGGCGGCUGGAGAACGUGGUGGGGUGGUACCACUCCCAUCCGGGGUACGGGUGCUGGCUUUCAGGCAUCGACGUGUCCACUCAGAUGCUCAACCAGGAGUUCCAAGAGCCCUUCCUCGCUGUUGUCAUCGACCCCACCCGCACUGUGUCUGCUGGCAAGGUGGAGAUUGGGGCGUUCCGCACGUACCCCAAGGGGUACAAGCCGCCAGAUGAGCCGCCAUCGGAGUAUCAAACCAUCCCGCUCAACAAAAUUGAGGACUUUGGCGUGCACUGCAAGCAGUCAUCGCUCGACUCGCAUCUGCUCGACCUGCUGUGGAACAAGUACUGGGUCAACACGCUCUCCUCCUCACAGCUCCUCGCCAACCGCGACUAUGUGGCCGGGCAGAUCUCUGACCUGGCGGAGAAGCUGGAGCAGGCAGAGGGACAGCUGGCACAUUCAGGGCGUAUAGGGGGAUUUCUGAUGCCGCCACAGCGACGCAAGGAGGUGAGAGGAAUGGGGAAGGAGGCAGAGGGACAGCUGGCGCAUUCAGGACGCAUGGGGGGGUUGGUUUCUGAUGCCGCCACAGUGGCGCAAGGAGGUGAGUGGAGGGGGCAGUCUGUGGCCUGCAAAUGA